ACACAGUGGCGAGAGAGACAAAGUACGGAGAAAAAGACAGACCUCCUCCUCCUCCUCCUCCUCCUCCUUUCUGUACUGUGUUUUUUUGGUAGAGAGAGAGGUUGAAGCUUCAAUGGCUGUGCCCUUAUUUUUCAGGACUUUAUUUCUCUUUCUCUCUCUAAGUUUGGGCGUCUUCGCUUCAGAUCCUGAUAUGCUUCAGGACCUUUGCAUCGCUGAUUUGAAGUCAGCCGUAAAAGUGAACGGCUUCGUCUGCAAGGACUCUGCAAAGCCGAAUGCGGCCGACUUCUUCUUCGCCGGCCUCAAGAAUCCCGGGCUCACCAACAACACACAGGGCUCACUUGUGACCCCUGCCAAUGUCAAUCAAAUCCCAGGCCUCAACACGCUCGGCGUGUCCAUGGCUCGCAUUGACUACGCCCCGGGUGGCCAGAACCCCCCUCACACCCAUCCCCGCGCCACCGAAAUCGUCUUUGUCCUCCAAGGCGCCCUUGACGUUGGAUUCAUCACUUCGACUGAAGUUUUCGUGUCGAAGACUAUAACGAAAGGUGAAAUCUUCGUGUUCCCGAGAGGCCUUGUGCACUUUCAAAGGAAUAACGGCGAGGUCCCGGCAGCGGUCAUUGCAGCAUUUAACAGCCAGUUUCCCGGGACUGUGUCGAUUGCCCUGAAUUUGUUCACGGCGAUGCCUCCGGUGCCCGAUGAUGUCUUGGCUAAGGCUUUUCAAGUGGGGACUAAAGAGGUGGAGAAGAUAAAGGCUAGGCUUGCUCCUAAGAAGAAUUAAUGCUGGAUUUUUUUGUGGCCGGACAGUUGGGUUUGCCGGCAAGUGCUGGCAGGAGUAUUUGGUUUUCCGGCUUUUUUUCUCUUGUUGUGUGCGAGGGAAUAAUUUGAUUGGAUGUCAUGCUAUCCAUUCAUUCAAUUGUUGUAUCAUUAUGGUGAUGGGUCUCUCUUUAUAAUUAUUGUUACUUGGGUUCUAAUUCUGGUUUAUUUGGGUUUGCCAUAACAUGAUAACUGGUUGGAGGUCCGCCCGUUGUUCUACUUGUGUUACCGUGUAUGUAGACGUGACCGCAAGAGCCGGUUUUGUGCUGUUC